AGUCGCGGCUCAAAAUUCGAACGUCAACUCGCUGAGAGAGUCAGAUAAGAUGCGAUAAAAUGGAUUAUUUUGUUGCCUAAUUUAAGUAAUGGUCGAGUAAUUGUUGAAGCAAUAAUUAACAUAACAACUAUCUUGGCAAUAUACACACACUGAUCCUGAGCCAUGGUGAAAGAACGAGCCCAGAAGAAGUCCUUCCAGCAGAGUCUGGAGGACAUUAAGGAGAAGAUGAAGGAGAAGAGGAACAAACGGCUGGCUAGUGCCUCAGCUCCCAGCAGAGGACGGUCCAGGAUGGUAAACAAAAGCAGCGGGGCUAACUCCACACACACCAUCCUGAAGGGUGUGCAGCUGAACAACAAGGCGCUAGCUGUAGCCCUGCAAGGAGAGAAGGAAAAAGUGAGGCAAGCUAAUGCAGUGAUCCUGCAGCUGAAAAGAGAACAGCAGGCUCUGUUCCUCCACCUGCUUUUGCUCAAGAGGAAGCUCAAGGAGCAGGAAGUUCUGGCAGCGAGUGCUUCAGAGACUAAUCCUGCAGCAAAUAUUCCUGUUGAACCUCAGCACCAUGUGAAUUCGACAAGGAGAAAGCGGACCAGCCAGAACCUUGAUGCACCCAUCAUGUGCAACCCCUCACCAAUUUGUGCAGAGCCUCAGCCCUGUGACAAGAAUGGACAACCUGAAUGUGACAAGCAGGUUGUCUUGCCAUCAACAGUGGGUGUACGGCGUCGACAAGCAGAUAGAAGGAGCAGGAGGAGGUCUGAGCGUGUGCAGGAACAGUGGUCAGACCGCAACACAGGCUUAGGGGCUUUAACAGCUAGUCCUAUGGACGGUAACAAUGGAAAUACAAAUCAGCCACAGCAAGGACCAGAACCAGAAAUGGCAGCUCCCAUUGACACUGAGGAGUUUCAUCACUCUACCCCUGAACCUGUCCCACCUAAAAAAAACAACCAGCAGCAGCCUAAUAGGAAACAAGCCCAGCAGCAGCAGCCCCGCACCAAACCAGAACUGGCUGCAAGGAAACCAGAGAGAGGCCGCAAACCAGAGCGUGCCCAGUUAAAGAAACCAUGGGAGAAUCCCAAACCUAGGGCCCGCUCCAAGAGUCGGGACCGUUCAGCCACACGUUCCAAAACCGCUCCUCUUACACAGGGCAAUAAGCUCAACACCUCGCUUGGAUUCAAUGACACCUUUGAUUUUGACUGUGAAGAGGCGAUUCACGUCACACCCUUCAAGGCAAAGGCAGAAGACACGGCCAUCAGCGAAGAGGCUACACAAAGAGGACAGACCCAAACGGAAGCAUUGCCUGUCGCUUCUAAACAGAGUGAGUCCAGCUCAUCAUCACCAUCCUCUGAAUCAGAGGACAGUCUGUAUGUCCCUCAGAAAACCAGGAGGAGACAGACUUCACCGGACAAGACCAAGAUGAUCACCACUCGCAGAGGCCGGCUCUCUAAAGUUGUCAGACAGAAAGAAAACGUCCCUCCAAAACAGGAAAUAUCAGUCUUUAGAGAUGAAGAGUCAAGUCCCAAGGCUGUAGAGUGUGAAAAGGAGCAAGUUAGUCUCCAUCACUCCCCUGACUCUAGCUUCUCUAACAGCCCUAACCCUGCAGGGAUGGGACAGGAAAAUCACCAAGAGCCUCACAGGGAGGUUAUGGAGGAUGGUUGUUUGCCGCCUGUCAGCCCUCUGGUUGAAGCUGAGAUGAUGAGAAUAGACAACGUCCUGUCUAAUUUUGGAGAUUCCUUUUGUGACGCCCAACCUCUUUUACCUCACCAAACACCUCAGCGGAUCAAGACAUGCAAGAAACCCUAUCGCAAGUUCUCCUCCGAGGCCCGGAGCUCCACUCCCGUUCCCACUCGCAAGCGGCGCUGCACCAUGGUGGUGGACUAUAAGGAGCCCUCGCUAAACGCGAAACUUAGGCGUGGAGACAAGUUCACGGACUUGCAGUUCCUCCGUUCUCCUAUUUUCAAGCAGAAGUCUGACAGGAAAUCUGUGCGAAAAUCAAGGAGUUCGAUGAACGGCCAGAAGCCAUUUGAGAAAUACAAUGAGUCGUUUGUUGGAUGUCGCUGAAAGCACCUACCUUGUUUUGUUUUAACAAAUGAUCAUUUUGUUUUUUACUCUGAAGUUUGUUUUUCUUUAUGUGAUUUGUGUGAUAUGUAAUGUGAAUGUGAUCAGUUUUAGAUAUUUUUUUUGCGUGCUUGUUUCAUCCUUGUUUCGCAUGUGUUUAGUCUUUCUUCUCUUCUCCAUUUCUCCUCUUCAUCUCAAGAUAAAUGUAGUUAAGGCUCUUUUCUGAAUAUCAGAUCAUUUAACUGCAUUAUUGUUUUUAUUAUGAGAUCCUGAACAUGAGCACAUAUUAUUGUCAUCUAAUAAAUACCAAUUUAUAUCUCUCUUUAAGUGUAUCUUCUGCUGUAUGAUUGACAAUAAACUUGUGCUCGGCUGACAAUGAA